GGGAUAUCCAAAAGAACUCAAAAGUGAGCCUUUCUGGUUUGCAUUCUCCGAGAUUACCUCUGACCUUUCACGCGGCAUGAUAGCCGCACCACGAGCUUUAGGAUCGUCUGAAGCCGAGCGGUUGCUCCAGGACCUGGAAGCCGGACAGCCAGCCAACCAGGCAGGUUGCGUGACGGUAAACAGAUACAACGAAUCCGUACACGGUUUCCAUCACUGCAUAGUCCUCAGUGGGGACAUCUACCCACGUGACCUAUGGCGCGACAACUCGUCUUUUGUGGAGCUCGCUCGCUGGGUCUACUACGGGCAGAGAGAGUCGCUGACUCCCAUCCCUCACAUGGGAAGCCCCAUCCCGCGUGUGGCUCAUGUCAUCUGGCUGACCCUCAACCUGUCUGACGUCCCGCAGCUCAGCUUCCAGCACUUUCUGAGCAUCCUCAGCGCCCUGCACGUGGGGGCCUGAAACAAGUCUACGUGCACGGGAACGUGCAGCCCGAGGGCGAGUGGUGGCGCGCGCUGGGGGGUGAGAAUGUCACUUUUGUCAAGAUCGACAGACCGCAGACGAUGUUCCAACAAGACAUGUCUAACCUCCAAGCUAGCAGCGACUUUCUCAGGGCCAACAUUCUGACUCAGUUCGGUGGAGUCUACAUGGACCGUGACGUAGUGUGGACUAGCAGGAUUCCUGACUGGUUAUUUCACUACCCUGCCGUGGCGAGUUUUGAUUGGCCAACGUGGGGCACGUGGCCCGACUGCUUCAACCUUGGCGUCCUCAUGGCCCGUGCGCAGGCGCCGUGGCUACGUCACUGGCAGGACGCCCUUCGCUUCUACAAGAGAGAGUGGUCCUCCUUCACGGCCACGUACAUGCCGUACAAAAUCCUCGAGCACCAUCCCCGCGAACUCCUUGUCUACGACCGCCUGCAGGUGAUUUGUUUCCGAGACAUCUGUCAUCCUACGUGGCAGCAGGAUUUCCGCCGAGCCAUUCAAGACAAACGACCCACUCUGCCUUUCCAAUGGCGAGACGUCCACGCCAUCCACGUGACUCAACCCAAGCCCCCGACAUCCUGGGCCACGCCCCGGGCCGUCUUCACAGGACAAGAUGUCUUUGCUGAGAUUGGCCGCUACGUCCUGGAGACAAGUGGCAGAAGUCAUCUUCAACAAACGUGAACAGUCAAAACUUGGUGGUCACCUUCCUUCAUCACAAACAUACCGACCAUGUAGUUCAAAGGUCAAUACCUGGUGUGUAACUCCUGUCACCACCAACGAUUUGUAUCAAAUAAACAUACACAUGUCAAAGGUCAUAUGCUAAUAUUUGAUGAAGUGA